GGCGCUGCUAGUCAAAGCGCCGCUGCUGCUGCUGUCGCUGCUGCUGCUAAUGCGCUGCGGCAGCAGUUUGGCUGCGCUGGCGCCCAAGGAGCAGCACAAGUCGAAUAGCAACAGCGCGAUGCUGGGCGUGAGUCUGUCCAGCGACUAUGCCGCCUCGCUGAACAACGCGCAGCUGCUGCCCGCAGCAGCGACGCCGGCAACGCCAGCGCAGCACAGCGGACCGGCCAAUCAAUGCAGCUGGACAUAUAACGGCACAAGCGCCGUGCACUGCGCGCUGCGGCUAAUCGAACGCCAGCCAGGGCUGGAGCUGCAAGGCGCCGAUGGCAGCAGCCAGCUGACCAUACAGUGUAGCGAUGUCUACCUGUACGAGUCGACGCUGCCCACGGCGGUGUUUGCGCGUCUGCAAACGCUCGAGACGUUGCGCCUGCAAAACUGUAAACUGCUGCAGCUGCCCAACAACGCAUUUGAAGGUUUGAGCACGUUGAAGAGUCUCAAGCUGAGCACCAAGAAUGCAGAGUGGGGCGCAGCCAAGGCGCUGGAGCUUUAUCCCGACUCGCUGAAUGGCCUAAAGCAGUUGACCGAACUCGAUCUCAGCGAGAAUGCGCUGCGUGCGCUGCCCAGCGGCUUUCUCUGCCCCGUGGGCAAUCUGCAGACGUUGAAUCUCACCCACAAUCGCAUACGCACUGCCGAGCAGUUGGGCUUUGCCGAUAUGAACUGCGCCAGCAGCGGCAGCAACACGGGCAGCGGCAGCGAGCUGCAGCUGCUCGACGCCAGCUACAACGAGCUGCGCUCCAUUACCGAGAGCUGGGGCAUCUCGCGUUUGCGAAGACUGCAGCAUCUAAAUCUGCAGCACAAUAACAUUAGCGAGUUGUCGGGCGAGGCGCUGGCGGGUCUUGCCUCGCUGCGCAUUGUGAAUCUCAGCAACAAUCAUCUGGAGACGUUGCCCGAGGGUCUCUUUGCCGGCAGCAAGGAGCUGCGUGAGAUUCAUUUGCAGCAUAACGAGCUGUAUGAGUUGCCGCGUGGACUGUUUCAUCGCCUGGAGCAGCUGCUUGUGGUGGAUCUGUCGGGUAACCAGCUGACCUCCAAUCAUGUGGACAACACCACCUUUGCGGGUUUGAUUCGUCUAAUUGUGCUCAACCUGGCGCACAAUGCGCUCACCCGCAUCGACUAUCGCACCUUCAAGGAGCUCUACUUUCUGCAAAUCCUCAACCUACGCAACAACUCCAUUGGUCAUAUCGAGGAUAAUGCUUUCCUGCCUCUGUAUAAUCUGCAUACCUUGAACCUUGCUGAGAACCGUCUGCACACCUUGGACGACAAACUCUUCAAUGGUCUCUACGUCUUAUCGAAGUUAACCUUGAAUAACAAUUUGAUUGCUGUGGUGGAACCUGCUGUGUUCAAAAACUGCUCGGAUUUGAAAGAGCUCGACCUGAGCUCCAAUCAGCUGGUGGAAGUGCCGCGCGCGCUGCAGGAUUUGGCCAUGCUGCGCACCCUCGAUCUGGGCGAGAACCAAAUACGCACAUUCGACAAUCAGAGCUUCAAGAAUCUGCAUCAGCUGACCGGACUGCGUCUGAUAGAUAAUCAGAUUGGCAACAUUACUGUGGGCAUGUUUGCAGAUUUACCACGUCUGAGUGUGCUGAACCUAGCCAAGAAUCGCAUCCAAAGUAUUGAGCGUGGUGCCUUCGAUAAGAACUACGAGCUGGAAGCCAUCAGGCUGGAUCGCAAUUUUCUUUCGGACAUUAAUGGGGUGUUUGCUACGCUGGUCUCGCUGCUGUGGCUGAACCUUUCGGAGAAUCAUUUGGUGUGGUUCGAUUAUGCGUUUAUACCCUCCAAUCUCAAAUGGCUGGAUAUACAUGGCAACUAUAUCGAAGCGCUGGGUAACUACUACAAGCUGCAGGAGGAAAUACGCGUGAAGACGCUGGACGCCAGUCACAAUCGCAUAACCGAAAUUGGACCCAUGUCGAUACCCAACACCAUUGAGCUGCUUUUUAUCAAUAACAAUUUGAUAGGCAAUGUGCUGCCCAAUGCGUUUGUGGACAAGGUCAACCUAGCACGCGUGGAUCUCUAUGCCAAUCAGCUUAGCAAGCUGCAGCUGCAGCAGCUGCGCAUAGCGCCAGUGGCACCACCCAAAACUCUACCCGAAUUCUAUUUGGGUGGCAAUCCCUUUGAGUGCGACUGCAGCAUGGAUUGGCUGCAGCGCAUUAAUAAUCUGACGACGCGUCAGCAUCCGAGGGUAAUGGACAUGCCCAACAUUGAGUGCGUCAUGCCGCAUGCACGCGGCGCUGCUGUGCGUCCGCUGCUGGCGCUGAAGCCGCAGGACUUUCUCUGUCGCUAUGAGUCGCACUGCUUUGCGCUUUGCCACUGCUGCGACUUUGAUGCCUGCGACUGUGAAAUGACCUGCCCCAACAACUGCACCUGCUACCACGACCAAAUAUGGUCUACAAAUGUUGUAGACUGCGGCCAGCAGCUGACCACCGAGCUGCCGCGUCGCGUGCCCAUGGACAGCAGCAUUGUCUACCUGGACGGCAACAACUUUCCAGUGUUGAAGAAUCACGCGUUCAUCGGUAGGAAGAAUCUGCGCGCCCUCUAUGUGAACAGCAGCCAAGUGGCCGCUAUACAGAAUCGCACCUUCGCCUCGCUGACCUCGCUCCAGGUGCUGCAUCUGGCCGACAAUCGUCUGCAGCGGCUGCAGGGCUACGAGUUCGAGCAGCUUGCAGCGCUGCGCGAGCUUUAUCUGCAGAACAAUCAGCUGGAGCAGAUUGGCAAUGGCACGUUGGCGCAUUUGAGCAGCUUGCAGCUGCUGCGUCUGGAUGGGAAUAGGCUAAUGACGUUGCCCAUUUGGCAGCUGCAUGCAGCGCACUUUGGGCCGCAGUUGACGCACAUUUAUUUGGGACGCAAUCCUUGGAGCUGCCGCUGUCAGUUUCUGCAAGCGUUGACCUCCUAUGUGGCCGACAAUGCGCUGCUGGUGCAGGAUGCGCAGGACAUUUACUGCUUGUCUAGUAGUGGCGCCAGCGAGCAGCGACGCGAACUGGACUUCAACUCAACUGGCGCUGCCUGCACCGAUUACUACUCCGGCGGCUCAAUGCUGCAGCAUGGCAUACCGGAGUCGUAUAUUCCGCUGCUGGCUGCAGCGCUGGCACUGCUCUUCCUACUAGUGGUCAUCAUCAUUGUCUUUGUGUUCCGCGAAUCGCUGCGCAUUUGGCUCUUCUCGCACUACGGCGUGCGCGUGUUCGGCCCACGCUGCGAGGAGUCCGAGAAGCUCUACGAUGCGCUGCUGCUGCACUCGGCCAAGGAUGCGGAGUUUGUUAGCCAGCAGCUGGCUGCGGAGCUGGAGACGGCGCGCCCACCACUGCGCGUUUGUUUGCAGCAGCGCGAUCUUGCCCACGAUGCCACCCACUAUCAGCUGCUGGAGGCGUCUCGCGUGUCGCGGCGUGUGGUGAUUCUGCUCACGCGCAACUUUCUGCAAACCGAAUGGACGCGCUGCGAGCUGCGGCGUGCAGUGCACGAUGCGCUGCGCGGCCGCCCACAGAAGCUGGUGAUCAUCGAGGAGCCCGAGGUGGCCUUUGAAGCUGAGAGCGACAUUGAGCUGUUGCCCUAUCUAAAGACUUCGGCGGUGCAGCGCAUACGCCGCUCGGAUCGCCACUUCUGGGAGAAGCUGCGCUAUGCGCUGCCCGUGGACUACGCCAGCUAUCGAGGCAACAACUAUACGCUGGAUCACAACCACGAGCGCAUCAAGCAGCCCGCCAGUCCGGGACUGCUCUAUCGCCAGGCGCCGCCGCCCGCCUACUGCGGCCCCGCUGAGUCGCUGGGCGUGGCAGCAGCAGUGCAGGAGCAGCAGCAAAACUACAGCACAGCUACCACAGCCACGCCCAGUCCGCGCCCACAGCGACGCGAGCAUGCCGCUUACUAUCAGCAGCAGCAGCAGCAGCAUGCGCCACAUGGCGCUGCACUGCGUCCGCCCUCGGAGCACAUUUACUCCAGCAUUGACUCGGACUACUCGACGCUUGAGAAUGAGCAGCACAUGCUGAUGAUAGCGAGCGGAGCGGCUGCCCAAGCGGAGCAACGCGCACAGACCUGGCGGCCUCAGCCUGCCAAGCAACAGUUGCAGCCGGCAACACAUGCGGGCACCUUGGGCGCCAACAAGCAGCAGCAGCAGCAGGCGAGUGUCUCUGGUCAGCAGCAGGGGCCACAUGUGCAGGCUUAUCUCGUGUAGAGCGAGAGGGGGGAGAGGCAGAGUAUAAAACCGGAAGUAGUUUUAGUCGAGUGACAGUGAUUUCUUUAGGGACUGGUUCCUGUUUGUGUGCAGCAUUUUAAUUACUCAAAUAUGUGCGCAACAACAAAAAAAUAUAAACAAAAGCAAAAGUUAAGUAAAUUAAGUCUAAGCGAGCAGGCAAAAGUUAAAGAGAUUCUACUAAAUUCACAAAAAAUUUAUAAACAUUAAAUUGUGAUAUUUUAUUUAUUUUCAAGUGCAACAAAAUAACAAAUAUUAAAAAAAUAUGCAAGCAGUGCUAAUGCCACUUUAUAAACAAUUCCAGUGUAAAGUCAUGAACAAACACACACACACAGUUACAUGCUUAGUGCUGUGUGUGUGUGUGUGUGGGCGAAUGUCAAGUGGCAAGUUGCAAAAGUUGUAGCAAAAGUUCAAGUUCUCUUUGUCACUUUACUUUCAUGACAUGCUCAGUCAUUUUCUUUGCUUUAGCACACACACACACACACAAACAAACAGUUGGCUGUUAACUUUUUAAUAUGAUUUUAAUCAGCAGCAAAGACUUUAACGUAAAGAAUUAAAAAACGAAAUGAAAAUUAUACAAAUUAAAUGCAUUUAAUAUGCCACGCUCACUGCCUGCGCGCGCCUGUGUAAAUAGCAAAAAAACAAUAAAAAGCAAAAUCUGUUAGUUGUAACUAAAUUUAAGCGAUGUCACUGCAAAAAUGAAGCGAGUCUCUUAACAAAAAAAUUCGUAUAAGGCAACAACAAUAUUAAAAUUUAAACAUUUAGCUAGCAAACAUAUGAAAAAAAAAAACAAACUAAGCAGUAAAAGCUCAUUUUUAACACUUACGCUUAACGAACAAAAGCAGAAAAUAUUGUAAUAUUUAUUAAAAAUAAUAGAACACACACAAUAUAUAGCGAAAAAGCAAGUAAUAAAUUAUAAAAUAUAUUGAUAUAUGAAUGUGACUGUAAAACUCAAAGCAAGCAACUUAUAAGCAUAACUGAUAUUACACAUAUGUACUGCAUUUAAUUUAGUUAAAGCUAAAAACUCGCCUACUCGUCAUUAAAUUUUAGCUGCAGUUUAGUUAGAGCAGAGUUGCAAAAAAACAAAAAACACUUGUACCAGUAUAUGAAAUGCCCAAAACUGUUAUUUAUUUUUUAUUU